CGUGUGGACGCCGCACCGCCGCGCCCGCUGCCCUUCAGCCGGAGCCGGGACGGGCGCGCCUGUACUCCGGGCCCGGGCGGAGGUCGAGGGCUCUUCUGGUCCCGGGAGGCGCGAGGCCGGGCCUCGCGGGGAAGCGGCGUCACCAUGAUGGACGGACGGCCGGGCCGGGAGCCCCUGCGGUUCCUGCCGGACGAGGCGCGGAGCCUGCCCCCGCCCCGCCUGAGCGACCCGCGGCUCCUCUUCUCGGGCUUCAUGGGCUACGGCGCCGCCCUGCUGGACAACGCGCUCCGCCAGAGGCCCGUGCUGAAGAGCGGUUUGCAUCGCCAGCUUUUAUAUGUUACAUCCUUUUUUUUUGCUGGAUAUUAUCUUUUAAGACGUCAAGAGUAUAUUGUUGCUGUGAGGGACCACGACAUGUUUGCGUAUAUAAAGUCACAUCCAGGAGAUUUUCCUGUAAAAGAAAAGAAACGUUAUCGUGAAGUUCUUGAAGAAUUCUACCCAGUACGUUGAAGUCUUUACACACUUGCUUCUGUUUCCUCUUCUUUCUGAAUUUUAUGGAACACGUUUCCAUGACAACUGAAGUUUGUGUUACUCUAGAUGUUAAUGCCUGUAAUUAAAAUAGUUAUUAUGACUCCUCUGA